AUGGGCGCUCCAUCAGCACGGAAGGUUGCAUUUGUCACGGGCGCAAAUGGUAUAAGUGGAUUCAAUAUUAUUGAACAUCUUGUUCGUCAACCUAAGCAGGAAUGGAGCAAGAUCAUUGUCACAUCCAGGAGGCCUCUUCCCAAUGCCUGGGUUGACCCCCGUGUCAACUUUGUGGCUGUGGAUUUCCUCGAUCCAGUUGAGAAGAUUAAUGCAACUUUAGAAAACGUGUGCAGUGAUGUCACUCAUGCCUUUUUCACUUCAUAUGUUCACAGUGAUGAUUUCCGCCUUUUGCGGGAUAAGAACGUCCCGCUGUUUCGAAAUUUCCUGGAUUCGGUCGAUAGUGUGUGUCCCAAGCUGCAGCGCGUGUGUCUUCAGACUGGCGGCAAGUACUACGGAGUUCAUCUCGGCCCUGUCAAGGUCCCGCUGGAGGAGUCUUUUCCCCGGUACGACGACAAGGGAUUCAACUUCUACUACAACCAGGAGGACUACCUGCGCGAGGUACAAGCUCGUCGCAAGACCUGGACAUGGAAUGUCAUCCGACCAAAUGCUAUCAACGGUUUCGCGCCCCAUGCGAAUGGCAUGUCAGAAGUUUUGACCAUCGCCAUCUACAUGCUGAUCUGUCGAGAAAUGGGCGAGCCUGCCCACUUUCCAGGAAACGAGUAUUUCUGGAACUCCAUCGAUGAUAACUCCUACGCACCCAGUCUCGCUGAUCUCUCCGUCUGGUCCGCCUCCCAGGAGCAUUGCCAAGACGAAGCAUUCAACCACGUCAAUGGCGACGUGUUUGUGUGGAAGUACAUCUGGCAAGAUUUCGCCGCGCACUUUGGCCUCGAGGUUCCCGAGCCUGAUUUCAAGAAAGCUUCAGGUCAGGCCAGUACCUUGGCCAACGAAAUCGAUAUGAUCGAGUGGGCCAAGGACAAGCGUGAGAUUUGGGAACAGGUCGUUGCCAAGUACGGAGGCAAGGCGGAUGCUUUUGACUGGGGUACUUGGGGUUUCUUCAAUUGGGCUACGGGGAAGUCUUGGUUGACUAUCUCUUCGAUCAAUAAAGCGAGGGAGUUUGGUUGGAAUCGGAAUGAUCGGACGCUGGAUACUUGGAUUGAGACGUAUCGGGCUUUUGAGAAUGCCGGUGUUAUGCCCUCGGUUGAUCUUUUGACCAAAGAGUGA